ACAGCGCCGCCACGCACGCUCCACUCACGACCCAGUCCGCUCUGAUGUUUAACGGAGCCGCCGGUGUCGACCUAUCGCACCGUUUGCUCUAACGCGUUGACGCAUAUUUAAGACGCAUAUAGGGAUAUAAUGGUGUUAUCAAAAGUAGUGCUAGUUCGAUAGGUGGCAGGUAAAGCUGAAAGUAGCUCAGUAGAUAGACCGGUGCGGUGGUCGAUCGGUAGCGCUUGCGGCGCGAGUGGGUCGGGCUGCGGCGACUCGUUUGAGCGCUCCAGAGCCAGCUGGCGGUGUUUACACGCCGCGCCUGCACCCACGUUCCGCACGCCCCGUGCGCUUGCUCGCUGCAACAUACACCCUUCAUAUUACAUUCGUCGCUGUGAAUAUUUAAACUUUAUGAACGAGCAACGUUAGAGGUAUUUAAUGUUUAUUCAACCUGACUCUCCACAGAGAGCACAGUCGUAGCGCACAUUGUCACAGUGUCACGAACGCAGUACGCAUACAAUAGAAUUUACAUAUAUUUCAUUUAAGUGGAAUCGCGAUUAAAUAAUCAUGGGUGCUAAAGAAAGUGUGGAGGCUGCUAAAUUUUCUUCGCAAAAUUGGAAUAAUUUCGAGCAUGGAGUUGUAAAGCAUCAUCACAGACACGGAACGCAACGCUCUCAGAGUCUGAACCGCGGGCACUCUUUGUCGCGGUCUGAUGGCACCUGGUGACAUCACGGGACCACGGGCAGCGUAGUUCAGUGCGCCGAAUGCGGCGCGCGCACAAUGGGCAACAAACUAUCUUGCUCUUGCGCGCCGAUCCUCCGCAAGGCGUACCGAUAUGAGGACAGCCCGUGGCAGAAUUCAAGACGCCGUGAUGGACAUCUAUUGAGACUAUGGGCGGAGGUAUUCCACGUGUCUGCGAGCGGAGCAGGCACUGUGAAGUGGCAGCAAGUCUCCGAAGACUUGGUGCCAGUUAACAUCACCUGUAUCCAAGACUCUCCCGAAUGCGUGUUUCAUAUCACCGCAUAUAACUCACAAGUCGACAAGAUCCUCGAUGUUAGACUAUUGCAGCCUGGUACGCGUAUCGGGCAAGCAUCCGAAUGCUUCGUCUACUGGAAGGACCCCAUGACGAAUGAUACUUGGGGUCUCAACUUUACAUCCCCGAUUGAUGCAAAGCAGUUUAGAGAAUGUUGCUCGCCUUCAUUUAAAUUCUCACGGAAGGCAUCGUCGAGCUACAGCCUGAAACUGGAGCCACCAGGGAGCAAACAGAAGUUCAAAACCAAGCGGAAACCAGUCUCCACACCAGCUAGUCCAAACCGAUCAAGUCUCACCUACGGUCGAGAACCACAAUGUACUUGCAUGACUCAGGAGCAAUAUGCAAGGUUGAGAGCUCAAGAUCCAAGAUAUCGCUCAUCAACAUUACCGCGUACAACAACUCGCGCUAUAGAAACAGACGCGAGCGCGGCGGGCGCGGGCCGCUCAGAGAAGGUCGCCGCCGCCACAUCCUCCACAUCGCUAUACGACAAUGUCGCCAGCACCCAGCCGACCGCACAACAACCACCUAAACCGGCAGCCCGUCAGAGCGACACUCAACCACCGGCGCGCCCCCCCAAGUCGCAAGAAACUUCCACAAUGACUACCAACACUUCCACUGCGCCUAAGACAGUUACUGCUUCUGUUGGCACACAUGGCACUAGCACCGCUGAAGAUACAGCUCAAGCCAACACUGGAACUACAAAUCAACAUGGCCAAGAUCUCAAAUCUGAGGGCGUACAGGCCGGAGGUACACUGACGUCGUCUAAAUCCUCAGCAACAUCGACACGUGCUGGGAAGGAGCAUUUGCAACACAUGCCAAAGAGCAUUGAUUAUGGCGAUGGAAAUGAAUCGUCUCGCGAGUCAGACAGGCACGUACAUAAUCACAAUGUGAUUAAUAACAACACUUCGGGAUCACGUCGCACAAAGUCGAAAAGCACUGAAGAUAUGAAUAUGGAUUCGAGUACUUUAAAGCGCAUGCUGAAGCCGAUGCCAUCAACGGAGAGCCCGAUAACAUCACCGGAGAUGGGUCGGCGGCGUUACGGCGCGUGCCCCUCUUCCUGCUCGCACGGCCACCGCCACCCACAUCCACACCACGGUCACUACGCUCACGUGGUCAACAAUAACAGCCGCCAGUCCUCGCAGCGGUACUCGUCUUCUAGGUUGCCUAAUUUAAACCGCGGGGUUGGCGUGGGCGCCGCGCCGAGUGGGUACCCAGGCCGCGGGCUGUACUUGGAGCUGGGCGGUGAACGCGACGUGUCACCGCCUUCCGACAACGUCAUGUUCGACAACCAGUGCUAUGCCACUACACCCUCCUCGUCGAACGGCAACUCCGACCAAGAACACUGCCAGCGCAGGGACCCGAGGCAGCAUCAUCAUAUGAAACCAUGUCUUUCACGCCAAGCGUCUCAACAAAGUGCAACACCAGCGCCGGGGUCACCGACCUCUCGGCUCCUCCUGGAGUACGAGAUGCAUUUGAGAAACACUCUUGCAAAAGGAAUGGAUGCUGAGAGUUAUAGCCUUCAUACCUUUGAAGCCCUGCUGAGCCAAAGCAUGGAGGAUUUGGAAUACAAUGAUAAUCUGCCUCCCUCAAAUCAGCGAAGUCCCUAUCCACCAAGGAGACGUCCUGGAUCUCAAUGCUCAGGAGGUGGUAGUCGUUCGUCAACAUUGCCACUACCGCAUCGCAUGGGGGUGGAACGGCAACACAGUGCACGCUCUGAUCGAGAUGGGUACUACAGCGACCGCAAUGAAUUAAUGAGGGAGCGGGAAAGAGAACGUGAGCGCGAAAGGGGAUAUUUGAGCGAUCAUAACACAAGGGAUCGAGUGAGGGAUCGGGACCAAGGAUACUUGAGCGAUCAUCAAUCAAGUUUCGUGAGCGCAUCUCGCUGCGCGUCAUGUAUCGGCGAGUCGGCCCGCUCCGCUUGGUACCGGCACUCAGACGGGUGGCGCGGCACCCAGCCUCCGGGCCCGCGCCGCUCGCCGUGGGACUCGCUCCCCAGCCUGCGGCACGAGGGAAGCUUAAACGACUCCGGAUAUAGAAGCAAUCGCGCUGAUAGCUUCGAACAACGAGGUGUAUUUGAUCGUCAAGACAGCAUUCGCUCAGAGUACACGAGCGAUCGGGAGUCAACGCGGUACGGCAUCGUGCAGCAAGCUUCCAUCGAUAGCACGGAUUCCAGAAUUUGUUAUUUGACUUCUAGUGAGAUAUCGGACGACGAUCGCAUGUCGUUGACAACAGCGGUAUCUGAUGAAGAAGAUCCCGGAGAGAGCGCCAUGAAUUCACCGUAUAAGGGCAAACAAACUGGAGCUGCGGCGGCUUCCUUCAAUUGCACUGGUGCUGUUAGAAAAGCCGGAUUCUUGAGCGUCAAAAAGUGGUUACUUCGUAAGAAGCAUCAAAUUGAACUGGCGAGAAAACGCGGCUGGAAGGGAUAUUGGGUGUGUCUAAAGGGGACUACGUUACUGUUUUACCCUUGUGACUCGCGCGAAGGUCGCUCCGUGGAAGCCGCCCCCAAACAUCUCAUCAUCGUGGAUGGCGCUAUCAUGCAACCGAUACCUGAACAUCCCAAACGAGAUUAUAUAUUCUGUCUGAGCACCGCUUUCGGCGAUGCGUAUCUAUUUCAAGCGCCGUGUCAGGUGGAACUCGAAAACUGGGUGAAUAGCAUACAUAGUGCAUGCGCCGCGGCGUUCGCGCGACACCGUGGCAAGACCGGAACGCUGCAUCUACUUCAAGAGGAAAUUUACCGUCUCGAAAAAGCCAUUGAAUCGGACCACAAAUUGAAACACAUGGCAGACCUGCAACAGUCGGUAGUAUCUGACCCGGAAACUAGAGCUCAGUUGGCGGUGCAAAUGUUACAAUGGGAGGAGAAUCUUGAGCGACUGCACUGCGAACAAUUCCGGCUGCGAUGUUAUAUGGCCAGUUUGCAGAGCGGCGAACUUCCCAAUCCGAAGUCGCUGCUGACGCACGUAUCGCGCGGCACGAAGAGCACGCUAAACAAGCUGGGCGUGUUCACGGUAUCGUCGUUCCACGCGUUCAUCUGCGCGCGCUCGCCUUCGUUGCUCAACAACCUGCUGGCGGGCCGCGGAGCCACCAAGCGGCGCGCGCCCAACCUGUCGCGCUCCAACUCCGGCUCCAGCCGCCGCUCCAUGCAGAUGUCCCGCGAGGAGGGCGAGGCGGCCGUGCGCGUGUCGCUCCCCGAAGGCACGACGGCCACGGUGGGCGUGCGCGAGGGCAUGACCGUGGAGGAGUUCCUCGCCGCUGCGUGCGCGCGCCGUUCCCUCAACGCGCUCGAACAUUUCGUGCGGGUGAAGAAGCGCCGCGAUAUGGAGGACCAUAAUUACUUUGUGCCACACCGAUCUGAUCUCAUUGAAACUUACUUGCACACCCACGAAGUAGUGGAGGUGUGCGCCAAGAUCCUGUACCAAGUGGAGUUGCAGCGCACAACGCUCGAUCAGAUGUGGGGCUUCAGCGUGGAAGCCGAGCUCAUAGAGAACGCGGAGAGGCAGGACGAGCUCUGUUGCUACGUCAGUCGUGUUGAAGACAAGAGCGUUGCUAUGCAAAAUGGUAUAAUUAAAGGUGACGAAAUCAUGGUGAUCAACGGAGCAAUAGUGUCGGACCUAGACAUGAUGUACCUGGAGAGCGUCUUGCAGGAGGAGCUCUCUCUCGUCAUGAUGAUGAGGUCUUCCCGCACGGAGCCGCCGGAGCUGAGCGGCGCGAUGCGCGCGGCCACCGACGACAUAAUCGAUUCGCUCGUGUGUCCGCCGCCGCCCACCGACCCGCCCGUCAUCUCCGACGACAUGAUAUCCGGCCUCAUCGUGCCCGCGCCUGCCUGGAGUAAGGAGCUGUACAGCCCGGAGGCGGACGGACACGCGGACGGCACGGCCACCGGACCCCCGAAAGUUAGUUCUCGAACUAAUUCAUUUGAGAUCGAAAACCUACUCAAGAGCGCGGAGCAGGUGACGGGGUGGUGCCGCUCGCCGGGCGACACGCGGCGCGCGAGCCCGACGGGCGCGCCUGCGCUUACGCCGUCGCGGCACCUCUCCGACGCGGACAAGCUGCGCAAGGUGCUCGCGGAGCUCGUUGACACGGAACGCGCUUAUGUUAAGCAUCUCAAUAAUUUAUUGGAAAACUACUUGGAACCGCUGAAGAAGGAAACUUUUUUAUCAAACGCCGAGAUCAACGCUCUCUUCGGAAACAUUCAAGAGAUAGUAACUUUCCAAAGACAGUUCUUACAAAACUUAGAAGAAGCGCUUGAAGCCGAACCUAACUUCAAUCAUUUUGAAUUUUCCAAUCAAUUUAAGAACAUCCUCUUUGCAGUGGGAAACGCUUUCCUUUAUUACGUAAAUCACUUCAAAUUAUAUAGCUCGUUCUGCGCUAGUCAUAGCAAAGCGCAGAAAGUGUUACAUCCGAAUGAAGGUAAUCAAGCGUUACAAGAGUUCCUAGCGGCUCGCAAUCCGAAGCAACAACACUCUUCAACUUUGGAAUCGUAUUUAAUUAAACCAAUUCAGCGAAUACUUAAAUAUCCGCUAUUGCUUCAACAACUCCGAAAUUUGACUGAUGUCAAUUCUGAAGAACAUCUUCAUUUAGUUGAGGCUCUGAAAGGAAUGGAAAAGGUUGCGGAACACAUCAAUGAAAUGCAACGAAUACACGAGGAAUACGGUGCUAUAUUUGAUCACUUAUUUAGACAACAUCAGAAGUCUUGUAAGCAACCCAUAGAUCUAAGUCCCGGUGAUUUGUUAUAUUAUGGAGGCGUAGAAUGGUUAAAUAUAUCAGACUUCUUAGGAAAAAUUAAAAAAGGUUUAGAGUUACACGCUAUGUGUUUUGUAUUUAAAUCAGCCGUUGUCUUCCUCUGCAAAGAAAGACUGAGACAGAAGAAAAAGCUAAUGGGUGUUUCAUCAAAGAAUAAUUCAAACGAGGUUGAAAUAAUUAGAUAUCAAGUAUUAAUCCCGGUAACCGAGGUGCAAGUCCGCGCUUCCUCCGCUAAGGACAUGGACAGCCACUUCCUGUGGGAGCUCAUACACUUGCGCAGUCAACUACAACGCCGCUCUGAGAAAGUCUACGUACUGUCUAAUAGCACGGCGGACUUCCGCAACGCGUUCCUGAAGACGAUCCGGCAGAUCAUCCGCGAGUCGGUGCGCAAUAUGUCGCUGCCAAGCGCACGCCCCGCGCCCGCGCCGCCCCGCGCGCCUCACUCGCACGCCGCGCACACCACGCACACACUCGACCGGCCCAAGCAGCAGGUUCAGGUCAUGCAAGGUUCGCAAACUCUAGGGAAAACAAAGAAACCAAAAACAUCGGGGCAACGAUUAUCUGCCGGUAACAUAGAGGUUGGUAAUUUGUCUCGAGAAAAUUCUCAAGAUGCUGAGGAUGUUCCACAAGAUAUUGAAGAACAAUCGUUCAGGCAAAGAAGCAGAACUAUGGGUGAGGCCGCAGAGAGCGCGGGCGAGCGAGGGGAGCGGGGAGAGCGCGGAGAGACUGGUACGGAGAAGACUGAUGCUGCCUCCAAGUCGGAAGGCGAGGACGAGCCGCCGCCGCCGCCCGCCAAGCGAGGGUUAGGACGCACUCCCAACCACCUCACUCUCAGCACCACAUCGACGCUGAGCGCCGGCAGCACAGGCAGCCAGGCGCGACUCAUCCAGUCUUCGCAUCAGCCCACGCAAUACCAACCGACGAUGGUCAAAGAGCUAGGAUCGCCGGUGUGGAAACCGCGCGACGUGAUGAGCGAGGCGGCGGGGGCGACCACGCUGCCGCGCUCGCAGCGGCCCGCGCCGCGCGCCGCGCACCUGUCCGCCAGCCGUAAAUCGCUCGCGCCGGACCACAGGCACUAGCGCGCCGUACGCCACGCCACACUACACGCCACUCGCCACACGCCACAUGCCACACGCCACACCGCACCGUAUUCGUGACUCGCGACGACGCUUCUACUCCACAUGCUCACAACUAACGUACUAUUUGACUUUUCAAUGGAAACUUGAAUUAAACUCACAUUUUUGAUGGAGAUGGAAAAAGCGAAUGUUUCUGUACAGAAUGUUAGCGGCAUACUCGCAUCGAUUACACGUAUUUUAGAUUCGUAGUACUACACCUACAUAGUUUAUACUCGUGCCAAAUUAAAGUACAUACACAACACCAAUCUUUGCCAUAAAAGUGACCUCUAAAAUAAUAAUGGAAUUCUUUAAAACGAUUGAAAGGCUUUAACACUUCAUAUGAUACCAACAAUCGCAGUUAAGCGACACUAUGUAUCCUCCAAUACCUUAAACUAUGGGAUGACAUUUGUUUGUAUUAUAACUCUGAAUCUAAGAUUUGUGUCUUUUACUAGCUGAAAAUAUAAACAAGUUUUAGUAUUCACAAAAAAAUUAUGAUGAUAUGACAGUGACAGACUUAUUCUAGCAUGUCUUAGUAUGAUUUUUUCAACCAACUCGAAUAAAAAACCUGUCAAAUCAUGAAGUCAUUAAAAUUAAAUGAUUGCAAAAACUUGUUUGGAUUUUAUGCUACUAACUUACCUGAAAAUUCUUGAAAAAGAUUGUUGAACUCGAACGCGAGCAUACAGUAAUUAAAUACAGUUUUAUAAAUGUUUCGCAUAGGUACAUCCCCCUUAAACUCUAUAAGAUAUAAAAUUCGAGUAAGCUCAUGAUUUUUAUAUUCAAAUGAAACUUCUUAGGUAAUCCGGUUGCAAUAUCAUAAAUUCUGUGAAUUCAUUUCUUGCAGAUAAAUGUACUCUUUUACGUAUAUUUGCAGUAUGAAUAUUUACCAUAGCCAACAUAUAAAUAAUGGAAAUAAUCAAAAACCCAAACAGCCGAACGCCGCAGCCCUUUAAGCCUAGAAUUUUAGCUAUAAUUAACAAUGUGUUUGACUGCGGCGUUUUUAUAAAGGAAUCAUAACUCCAUUUCAGUAUUUUACACACACAUAUUGCUUGCGAUUGUGUUUUAAAUCUGAAAUUAUUUUACAUGUUAUAAUAUAGUACACUAGUGUAUUUAUGAAAAAUGCUUGCUAAAGAUUUUGUAUUGCAUUUAAUGAAGCGUCGAUGGAGCGAAAAUACUAUGAUAACAAAUUGACCUUCGAGUCUUGCAUUGUACAUAUAUUAAAGAAUAAAUAUAAUUAAAUUUUAAUCUCCCUUGAAAUUAUAUUAUUCCUAAGCGCUGGUGCGUGCGUUGUCACUACAACACACAUUUCUAAUAGGUGACUCCAUAUUUGUAUUUAGAACUUGGGAGCUGUCAAAAGCUAACUAUGGAUGUCUAAUAUUAUUGAAGGGAUAAACAAUGUUUUUUGUUCAGUAACAUUAUAUUUUAAUGUUACCUCUGAUAUUCUUAAAUAUAAUUUUCAUAUAAUUACCAAUAGUAGGGAGUACGAAUCGGCAACGACUACGUACGUGCUUCAUUAAAUUAUAAAUAUAUGCAUACUUCUAUUUCGAAACAAUGACAAUUUCUUAUUGCCAAUGGUGAGAAAUAUUGUUGAACAACACGGUAUUAUCCUGCGCAAGAUAAAUAUUAUUUUCGACUUUGUCACCUUUACGUACGUUCCGUACCCAAGCCAAGACUGUAUCCGGAAAAUUUGUCUUCGAGCAAUAGUAGAACGUGUAUUCUUCUCAAAUUUGUUACGCCUAAUAAUAAUAUUAAGAUAUAAUAGCAUUUAAAUACUCGUGUACACUUGGCACAGUGGAAUUUUAUAUAUCUUUAAUUCGUUUACAUUAUGUAUAUUGAGUCAAAUGAAGGGCAUUUAUAAUACCUACGUUACUUUUUUAUUGACAUCUUAUAGGAUUGCGGUAUAAUAUGUGAAAAGCUGUUUUAUUAUAAAUUAAUGAUGUCGAAAUCAUAACGAUUAUAUCAUGAAUUGCCGUUAAUAUGCUAUAAAUUAUAUGAAAUUUAAAUUGAAUAUAAUAUUUAAUGAAUAGAUAUUUUAACUCCUGUGCCAAACUAGAUAUCCCCUCAUCCUGUGCUUCGUAAAUAUUACUGUUAACGUUAUAACUAUUGAAUAAAUAUAUAUCGUGGAGUAGUUAGCUAUAAUCUACUUAUGUUUUAUUUCACAUUGGCAAUACAUCACACUAUAGUUCGAAAUGCACUUACCCUAUGGAAAAGUACAUUAGGUAGUUUUGAUAAUAAUUUCUCUUCGUGAUCAAAUUCGAAAGUUCUAUCAUAGGCUAGGUAAUUGACGUCACAUGUAUUGGUUAUAUUAUAUUUAUGAUUUCCUCGAUGACAGAUAGCUGUAACGUUAUAUUAUAAUGUUGAUUUGUUAACACAUAAAUAUUGUAUUUAAAAUAUAUUUUAAGACCAUGAUAAGAGACGUGGAAUUGUUGAAAGAGUCAUGUAUAGAAAAAUAAUAGUAUAGAUUAUUGUUUGCAUAAUACGAAAUAGUUUAAAUGUUAUUGUAUUUCUUUUUAUUCAAUUAUUGAACAAUUAAGCAUAUUUAUAUAAAAUAUACGUGUCUUGAAUGUCGUGGAAUUAUAAAAUCUAGGCAGCAUUGAUUUACAGCCAUAAAGCUGUACGCAAUUAGAUUAUCAGUAAUACACGCACAAAGCUAUUUUAAUUAUCGGUAUUGUUAUUUACAAAAUUAUUAAAUACAUGAUAUACGUACAAGUUACUACAUAUCACCGGUUAGAGACGUGACCACGCUCAUCAUGGUUUUAAAAUAAUAUUUUAUAAAAAUGUUUUACGGUGUGUACUUUUGAAAUUUAUUGUACAUUGAUACUGUGUAGAUAUUGUAAUUAUUUAUAAUUCACACAUUAAUAUGUACGUGAAUACUGCAUUUAUAUUUUAAAUUUAUGUGUUGGUUCAAAUUUAUUUGUGAUUUAUUGAAAUAAAACCUGUUUAUUAAUAUACAUAUGUUAAAAUAUUCGAAUUUAAUAAUUACGAACUUAUACAACCAAUUUAUAGAUAUUGUUAUACUAAGAAAAUAUAAUUAAUAAAGUAAAUAAAUAUAAAUGAAAUGUGAAAUGAUGAUGAGCUGAUUAAUUGCGAUUGUAUUUCAUACUUCAAUGACAUUUAAAGUAAAGUAGGAAAAUGAAUGAAUAUUUAGAAAGACUUACUGAAGUAAAAUACGAAGUAUCGAUGUUAUAUUAAGUAUCAUGAUUUUACGUAUUUUUGUUUCGGUAUUAAUUUAAAUUAUAAUAGCGAAAUAAUUAUAAAAUAAUAUCUUCCUCUAUUAAGAAAAAAAUGAUAUCAUUGGUGUUACAAUAGUAACCCUAAGUCACGACAUCCUAAUUAUUAGCUACGUUAUAAUCUAUUUUGCAUCUAUCACUGUAAAAUUUUAUCAUUUUUGCUUUACUUUAUAAAGUGCAUUGAUUCAUGUAAGCGUAUUAACAAGAUGGUUGUGCAAUCUGAUAAAUUAACAUGUGUUGUUAAUCAUUUAUUUAUGAAUUGAUAUUUUGAUAAGUUCUUUUCUCCAUUCAAUUGCCUAAAUUGAAAGUGCCUUUACGUGCUUGGGGAAACAGAAGCUACGUCACUGGGCGUAGCAUCGGCGGCGGAGUCGUGACUUGGUUUGCUAACAAAUAAUUUAUAUAAUUUAUUUUAUAAAUCUAAAAUUAUUAAUUUUAGUAGCUUCAGAAAUGAUAUGUUACAAGAAUGUGUUUCCAAGUAUUUAUUAUUAGUAUCUUUGUUGAAUUUUGUGACUCAUAUAAGAAUUACUUUUUAUUGCUUACAAAUAAAAUAAAUGAUAUCUGUGA